CUUUCACGACCUGCGAUUACGACAAUAAAAAAAAAUUAUCAAAAUAAGCAAAGAUUUUUCACGAUGAGCGAAGCCGGCCCCGCCGUAGAUGCAGUGGAAGCGGAAAAGCGGCGCAAAUUUCGCAUCCAAGCGGCUGCAUUUAUGGGUCUCGUCGGCGGCAUCUCUGCACUAUUUGGAUUCUCGCGCACACUAGCCACGGCCAAGAAGUCGGACAGCAAGGUGCUGCAGCAGCAGGGCACACGCCAGGGCAUUAUACUAAUGGACGAGGGCGCAACGUUGGCCAUGCGCGCCCUCGGAUGGGGCACACUCUACGCGGUGCUGGGCACUGGCGCCUUUUGCUAUGGAUUCUGGAAACUGAGCGGCGCCAAGGAUUUUGAAGAGUUUCGCAUGAAAAUGGGCAACGCAUUGCCGCGCAUUAGCAGAGAGGAGCCAGCUAACAGCCGCACCGAUUUCGAGAGCCUUACAGAUCUAAUGAAGUACUUGGCCGCCUGGAACAAGGAGUAAACUGCCACCACAUACACUCUCACACACACACACACUGCUGUUGGCUAGCCUGUAGAGCUCAUAAAAUUUUUGUUUAUGUUCCAUUUGUACCUGUUUAUAACUAAUGCUUUUAUGAGCUAUACAAAAAGAAGCAAC